AUGACAAUGUUCCCGCCUGUCGAGGACUCAGUCCUACAGAAUAACCCAGACUUUGCCAAUCUUUAUAAUAAACUUACGAAUGUUGUUCUCAACCCUGACUGUUCGACGCAGAAUGGCCCAAGGGCCAAAGAGCGGGCUUCUGUUCGACAGGAACUCGACCGUCGCCGUCUGGUUUCUGCGAAACAACAUCUUCUUACCUGUGCUAUCUCAUCGGCAACACCAUCAAGCACACCGCCUGCAACAAGGGCAUCCUCCCGUCUGCAACCUCCCAAGGGUCAUCAAGCAGGAGGCUCAAACUCUCAGCAACAACAACCCUCGCUUCCGGAACCUCUUCUAGAUCUUCUAAUUGUGCUCCCUCCACUUCUGGACGCCAAUAAUCCACCUCUUCCUCAAGAUACCCUCCAAUUACUGUUUGCUCAUCCCCCCCUUUCUGAACUCGAGACUCUACUCCCGGCAUUGGCGCCGAUUAUUGCUUCGAAUCUGCGUACUUGGGCACUGGGACUUGCGCGAAUUGCACAUCCUUCCACGAACGCUUCCUUCCUUCACCGUCACAUCGCCUCAUUACCAACUACGUUAUCUGGCUGGCGUUCCGACCUCGCUGCCGCCGAAACAGAACUCAGCUCCCAUCGUCUACGCUCUCUUGCCGCCUUGACAUCUCUUCUCCAAGCCGCCACCAAUGCGCUAAGUCUUUUGAUUCGAGCCCUCGAGGUUAAGCAUGGAAAAGUAGCUCGUAGCCUAGAGCUUCGUGCUGCAGAAGCCUCACUUCAUGCCCGUCGGUAUGACGCCGAUGCUGUUAUCACCGCAGCUUCUGUGCGUCGCGCAUUUUAUACCCCUGAAGCGAUCACCGCUCUUAGGAAUUAUGGUGCCCAUUUGCGUGAUGCUAAGAUGCGAAGUGAGGAGCGUGUUCGAGGCUUGGCAGCUGAGCUUGGAGAGUACGGCGUUGGUGUUGACGGUGGAGAAAGCAAAGAAAAAAAGAUGAGGGAGAUGUCAAGAGUAUAUCGGGAAAUGACGAGACAAAUGGAUGAUACGAGAAGAGAUUUAGACCGAUUGAACCAAGGAUGA